AUGGAUGAUAAAGUUUCUAGUAAUAUUGAAUUUGAAGGAAGCAGUACUAAAGAAUUUGAAGGAAAUAGCUCUAAGGAAUUCAAAGAAAGUGGCUUUGAAGAAUUUGCAAAAAGCAGUACCAAGGAAUCUAAAGCUCGUAAGUUAAUAUAG